AUGGCCACUGACAAAAUUCGUAUUGCCAUUGAUAGGGGUGGUACUUUUACAGAUUGUAUCGGUAAUCCUGGUACUGGGAAACAAGAAGAUGAUGUUAUAAUUAAACUUUUAUCUACUGAUCCUAAAAACUAUCCAGAUGCACCAUUAGAAGGCAUUAGGAGACUGUUAGAAAUUUUUACAGGUCAAGAAAUUCCUCGUGGUAAACCAUUGGAUAUCUCUGGGGUUAGUAGCAUUAGAAUGGGAACUACAUUGGCAACUAAUUGUGCAUUGGAAAGAAAUGGUGAGCCAUGUGCAUUUAUCACUACGAAGGGAUUCAAAGAUGUUAUGAUUAUUGGUAACCAAUCAAGACCUGAUAUUUUUGACCUUAAUAUUAGAAGACCUAAACCGCUUUACGAUAUGGUUGCUGAAAUUGAUGAACGGGUUACUCUGGAAGAUUUCUCUGAAGAUCCUAUAAAUCAUAAAUCUGUCGCUAGCGCAACAAAAAAUACGGUUUUGGGAACUAGCGGUGAAGUGGUUCGAAUUUUAAAAGUUCCUGAUGUUACUGAGGUUACGACCACUCUGAAGAAUAUCUACGAUAAGGGCAUUAGAUCCAUUGCGGUGGCUUUCUUACAUUCCUAUACUUUUCCAGAACAUGAAAAAUUGAUAGGACGUAUUGCCCAAGAUAUUGGGUUUAAACAUGUCUCUCUAUCGUCCCAGGUUUCUCCCAUGAUUAAGCACCUACCUAGAUCCCAUAGCGCUGUAGCUGAUGCAUAUCUAACGCCAGUCAUCAAGAAAUACUUGGAGAGUAUACAAUCUGGAUUGAUUAAUGACGAAAAUACAACCAUUCAGUUCAUGCAAUCAGAUGGUGGUCUCGUAGAAGGUCACAGAUUUUCAGGUUUAAAAUCUAUUUUAUCAGGACCUGCUGGUGGUGUCGUUGGCUAUUCAAAUACUUGCUAUAACCAUAAAAAUGAUAUCCCAUUAAUUGGAUUUGAUAUGGGGGGUACUUCGACAGAUGUAAGUAGAUUUGGUGAUGCUAAAUUGGAACAUGUCUUCGAAACAACAACUGCAGGCAUUGUAAUUCAAUCUCCACAACUUAAUAUAAGUACCGUCGCAGCGGGUGGUAGUUCAAGAUUAUUUUGGGAAAAUGGCCUAUUCAGAGUUGGUCCAGAUUCUGCAACCGCCGAUCCUGGUCCUGCCGCCUAUCGUAAGGGAGGACCGCUAACAAUUACUGAUGCAAAUUUAUUGUUGGGUCGUUUGGUACCUGAAUUCUUCCCCAAAAUCUUUGGACCCAACGAGGACGAAUCUUUGGACUUAGAAGCUACUGCUAAGAAAUUUGAUGAAUUGACGGAAAUCAUCAAUAAAGAUAUGAGUACACAGAUGAGUCGCGAUGAAGUGGCAUUCGGAUUCUUAAAAGUAGCGAAUGAAUCAAUGGCAAGGCCCAUUAGAGCAAUUACUGAAAAUAAGGGACAUCUAGUAUCAAAGCAUCGUUUGGUGACCUUUGGUGGUGCUGGUGGUCAACAUGCUGUAGCAGUUGCGGAAUCCCUAGGUAUUAAGGAAGUUUUGGCUCAUAGGUACUCUUCUAUUCUUUCUGCUUAUGGUAUUUUCCUUGCUGAUGUGGUUGAAGAGAACCAAGAAGCAUGCUUCAUGUCACUUAAUAACGAUGAAAAUAUAAGAAGCGUAAAGUCGAAAUUGGCACAGCUUGAAGUGAAAUCUAAAGAAGCAUUGAUUGCUCAGGGAUUCGAUGGGAGCCAUAUUGUUUACGAAAAAUAUCUAAAUUUGAGGUAUGAAGGUACAGAAACCAGCUUAAUGAUCUUGGAGGAAAAUGAAAAUUGGAAUUUUGAGCAAUGGUUUGCAGAUUCUCAUAAAAGAGAGUUCGGCUUUGCAUUUAGUGAUAAGAAUAUUAUUGUCGACGAUGUCCGUGUGAGAGCUGUGGGUAAAUCUCAUGUUAGGAAGGAGGAAUCAGUGGAUGAUCAGCUUCAAAAAUAUGCUCCUAGAGAAGUUGUUGCAUCUAAAGAGGCUUCCCUUUUCAAAGACGUUUAUUUUGAGAACAGCUGGGUAAAGACUCCAGUUUUUAGAAUUGAUGAAAUGGCUUAUGGUACCGUCGUAAAGGGUCCUGCUAUUUUAGCAGAUGGUACCCAAACUAACAUUAUACCUGGUAAUUCCAUAGCACACAUUUUGAAAUCUCAUAUUUUCAUUAAAGUCUUGGGAAAAUCUGGUAGUGGAUCAUUAAAUGAAUCUGAGUUCCGUUUAGACCCAGUAAUGUUGUCCAUUUUCAGUCACAGAUUCAUGGAUAUUGCUGAACAGAUGGGAAUGCAGCUGCAGAAGACUUCAACAUCGACGAAUGUAAAAGAAAGACUAGAUUUUUCGUGUGCACUAUUUGAUCCUGAAGGUAAUCUAGUUGCAAAUGCACCUCACUUGCCUGUUCAUUUGGGUUCUAUGUCUACCUGCAUAUCGGCUCAGGCAAAGCUAUGGAGAGGCAAAUUGAAGGACGGUGAUGUUAUAGUUAGUAAUCAUCCAGAGAUUGGUGGUACACAUCUUCCUGAUAUUACAGUAAUUUCACCAGCUUUUUCAGAAACGGGUGAAUUGAUCUUCUAUGUGGCAUCUCGUGCUCAUCAUGCCGAUAUUGGUGGUAUUCUCCCUGGUUCUGUUCCCCCCAAUUCUAAGGAACUUUAUGAAGAGGGUGCUUCUAUUUAUUCAGAGCUAAUUGUCAGAGAGGGUGUCUUUCAAGAAGAAUUAAUCACUAAGCUUCUUUUAGAGGAACCUGCCAAGUACCCGGGAUGUUCAGGUGCCAGAAGAAUCAGUGAUAAUAUCAGUGAUUUGAAGGCACAGAUUGCCGCCAACAACAAAGGUAUUCAAUUAAUUUCGAAAAUGAUUGAUGAAAGUGGGUUGAAUGUCAUUGUAAAAUAUAUGAAAGCCAUUCAGGAAAAUGCUUCACAAACGAUCAAAAAAAUGCUAAAACAACUCACGCAACAUUUUGGAAAGACGCAUUUUAUCGGCGAUGAUCUUAUGGAUGAUGGGACUUUGAUCAAAUUGAAGAUUUCGCUAGAUAUUGAAAAGGAAGAGUAUGUCUUUGAUUUUGAAGGUACUUCACCACAGGUUUAUGGUAACUUGAAUGCCCCUGAGGCAAUCACUAAUUCAGCAAUUUUAUAUUGUUUGAGAUGUUUAGUAGGUGAAGACAUCCCAUUAAACCAAGGAUGUUUAAAACCGCUAACAAUAAAGAUCCCCAAAGGUUCAAUUCUAAGUCCUAUCAAUGGUAUUGCCGUGGUAGGUGGUAAUGUUCUUACAUCUCAAAGAGUAACUGAUGUAGUACUGAAAACCUUCCACGUUAUGGCCGAUUCCCAAGGUGAUUGUAACAAUUUCACAUUUGGUACAGGUGGUAGAGAUCCAAAUACAGGAAUUGUGUCCAAAGGAUUUGGUUAUUACGAAACUAUAUGUGGUGGCCAUGGUGCCGGUGAAGACUCUUGGAGAGGUCCUGGUUGGAAUGGUACGAGUGCCGUACAUACAAAUAUGACCAAUACAAGAAUAACUGAUAGUGAGAUUUUUGAAAGAAGAUAUCCUGUUAUCCUCAGAGAAUUUUCCGUCAGGAAUGGAUCUGGCGGCCAAGGGAAAUACUUUGGCGGUAAUGGUGCCCUCAGGGAUAUUGAAUUCCGUCAACCUGUAGAGGCCUCCAUUCUAUCAGAGAGGAGAGUUAUUGCCCCACGCGGGAUCAAUGGUGGUGCUGAUGGUGAAAGAGGUCUAAAUCUUUGGAUCAGGGACGAUGGCAAAAAUCUAAUUAACAUUGGCAGUAAGAAUUCCGUCAAAGUGAAACCUGGAGACCGCAUUAUAAUAAUGACACCGGGUGGUGGCGGAUGUGGUGCUUAUAUCGCAUAA